AAGUUAGUCCAGAGUAAUCCAAGCUACUCGCUCUUAAUCCAUCCUAUAUCCUUGCAAAGAACAGUCGCAGCUAGCAAGCUUAUCUUUAUACACUGUUUCGUUAAAAUUCUCAGCCUUUGCUUGUGAUUUUGUUUCCGCUUGUUAACCUUGAAAAUGGCACUUUUCCAAAACAAAUACGGAACAGCCCAAACUGACGCGUAUGAUAACGUACCUAGCACAGACGAAUACGGCAACGCUAUCCGCAGAGACGAAAACGGCAACAUUAUGGCCGGCACAGACGAAUACGGCAAAGUUAUCCGCACAGACGAAUCCGGCUACGUGAUUCCUACGGAUGACUAUGGCAACCCAAUCCGCCACAGUGGCUCUACUUUCCAAGGUAUGCAGCGGCAGCAGCAGCAGCGGCAGCGUCAUGACCUGUCCACUGAGUACGAUGGGCAAGGCCGCGGGAGAAGGAACAUGGCGGGAGAAGCAGCCCAUAGCACAGAUGCAUACGGCAACGUUAUACGCACAGACGAAUACGGCAACGUGAGUCCUACGGAUGAGUAUGGCAACCGAAUCCGCCACAGCGGCACCACUCUCCAAGGUGUGCAUCAGCAGCGGCGUCAUGACCUUUCCUACGAUGGGCAAGGCCGCGGGAGAAGGAACAUGGCGGGAGAAGGAGCCAAUAGCACAGAUGCAUACGGCAACGUUAUCCGCACAGACGAAUACGGCAACGUGAUUCCUACGGAUGAGUAUGGCAACCGAAUCCGCAUUUCUGGAGUUGGACACAAGGACCAUGGAAGUGAUACAUCAUAUGCGACUGCGACGACUUAUCCCACGACGGCCGGUUACGGUACUGGGGAACAGCCGCAGCAUCGUCAUCAUAAGGGUGUGAUGGAAAAGAUCAAAGAUAAGCUUUCUGGUACUUCUUAUGAUCAGCAUGACGAGUACUACUAGUUGUCUGUCACACAUCGUUGAGCUAUAGAGACAAGAUAAAGAGGCAUAGUUGAGAAGAGGAAAGUGUAAGUGUUGAGUCAGGGAUGGGCUGGUCGUGUGGGCUUUGGGCCAGAAAAGAAUAAAGGGUGUCAGUUGAGUUAUAAUGGAUUAGGGGGUGUUUUAAGUCUAUUAAGAAUAUAUAGUGUCUUUCAUUUACUGUUAAGUGAUGGUCAUUUAUUUUAGUUCAUUUUCUUUUUUGUUAGUAGUGGAACGAUAUAUCACUAUACCAUCGAGAGUGAUGGUUAUGCAUGAAUUUACAAGAAUUUUUUUCUCUUUUUACUGUUCUUUUCUCUUCUCUUUAAUAUUCUCGAGGAUCCUACCCUCAAAGUAGGCAACCUAUCUAUUCUCUUGUAUCCAUUUCUUAUCAUCAAUCUGUAAAUCAAAUUCAUAA